AUGGGACAGAGCGUGGCGAAGCUGCAGGAGGCGCUGAGGCUGAAGACGCCCGUGAAGCAGGUGCUACUGGUGGGAGACAAUGGCAGCGGCAAAACCUGCUUGCUUUACGGCUUGAAGCUGGGAUUUGGCUCUGUGACCACCAUACCCACCAUCGGCUUCAAUGUGGAGACGGUGAGACAUCGGCUUCAGGAGUUCACGAUUUGGGAUUUGGGUUUGAGGACCAAGAUGCGUCCGCUGGUUCGGCACUAUGUUCCACAGAUGGAGAUGUUGAUCUACAUGGUCGAUGCAUCGGACAGGACCAUGCACAAUGAAUUUUCGCUGGAGCUUUGGGGAUAUCUUCGUAAUGCAAUGGAAGAAUAUGGGAAAGAUACUGUGCCCUGCUUGAUCUUCAUCAACAAGCUGGAUCAGCCCAAUGGCAUGAACAUAGCUGAGAUUGCUGAGGGCCUCAACCUCUCAGACUUGGCCAAGAAGGCACCGGUGCGUAUGCAGCCCUGCGAUGCACUGAGUGGCCAGGGGGUCCUUGAAGGUUUGGAUUUCUUAACGACAGUGGCCAAAGGAGAGCUGGGCCUCACUAUUGCGGCCACUUCUCCAUCUGGCUACCUCAAGGAGUCUCCCAACUCAGAGCUCCCAGCUGCAAAGCCUGCGCCGCCAACGGCAAAGCAGUUCCAUGCAGAAGAGCUGGAUGAUCAACAAUUUCUUGAGGCCUUCGUGGACCAGUCGCUCGGCCACUUCGGCGUACGCGAGAUGAUGCGCUUGGCCUUGAUCCAAAGACUUGAAGGUUCCAGUGCCUUGGCAACCUUGGAGGCUGCACGAUUGAAGGGCUAUGUGGAGCACGCCACGCGAAUGCAUUUCUGGGCGGCACGCAUGUACUCAGUUCCCUUGCUUCAACCUGUGAGAGACACCCGAACUUUUCUAACAGAGCACUGCGAGCUACUGCCAGUCACUGUCGCAGAACAAGAAAGCCUGCUCAAGAAGGUCUACAGUGAGAGGAUCGAUACGGAGCCCACCUGGGCAGCAACAGUGGUGCCUCCCGACUUGGCAGAUGAUGACCAAGCAUUCCUGGCACGCAUCGAAGGCGCUGGCAUUUACACUGGCGAAUUGGACUCCUUUGCCUCGCUGCUUCGCUUGGGUUUCUUGCUCCUGAAGGCCUCGCCCCGCCGCGAAGCCAUCCAGCGGAUGGAUUCCAUGCUGCAUCGCUUUGAGCCGGAACGGCCCUACCACGAGACACGCCAGUACGUGGCCCUGCAAUUGGCACACUUGGCGCUGACAAAGCACCCUCGCCUCAAAGACGAACCUUUUUAUAAGCUGGAAGAGUUGUGCCCAGAUCUUUGCCAGGAAGACUGCAUCAGCAAAUACUAUUCUGAGAAGGUGCUAGCUCAGGGCCAGAGUAGUUUCCAAGCACCGGAUCGACAGCCCUUGCCCACAAAGCUGGAGAGUGCAGCUUCCCGUUGGCACCAGGACUUGGACGACCAGGACUUCCUGAAAGCUGUGCAAAGCAAAACCUUGAGCUCCUGGAACCUCCCGAGCCUUGCACGCUUGGCCUAUCUUCACCUCAACGCCUUGGGGCGCCGCCAAGCGGUGCGAAAACUCUUGGACGAGCUCCAGGAGCUGCGAAGGGCGCCCGAGGUGCAGACCGGGCUCUUUACGCACGAGACCUUGGCCUACUUCACGAUUCACAUGAUUCACUACUUUAGCGCCACUGAGAAGCUAUCUACCUCUGAGCCUUUCAGUGAAUUCAUCAAGAAAUGUGACAAGAUCCUGGACGCAUCAUUGUACAAAGCCUACUAUUCGGAGGGCACGAUCCAUUGUCCAGAGGCGGCAACGAGCUUCGUUUUGCCAGACCUUUGCCCGCUCCCAGACCUUCUGCCAAGUGAUCGGUGA